CCUGUCCGCCUUUUUUUAAUGCAUGGACUAGCGCUGCAUGGCCGUUCGAUGAUCGCGACCGCCGUUGCAUGCUGAUUUGCUGCGAAGCCAAUCUGAGCGGGGAUUUUGGCGGCAUAGCCGAGGAGGACCCUCCGUGUCUCUGACCGCCCCACGUUAAUCCGGACAAGGACCAAGGCUGUUGCUGAAAAUACACCACCCGACAGCCCAAGCUCGUGCCGUCACUACUGCGGCUGAGUGCUUCUUCACAACGUGCAAUCAUUUAUUAACGUGCUUUGAGCCCCCAAUGGACGCCAACCGAAAUCUACCGUCUUCUCUACCCCUAGGCUUUUUUAGCCGGGCGAACCACUGAAGGAUGGACUCGCAAAUCUCGCACAUUGACAUGGUAAACAUCACCAGACCGCAAUCCAAAGCUCCCAGUAUGGUCAACGAAGUUCCAAUGGCGCCGCGGCCUCGACUUCGGGUGAAGAAGCAGCCUCCACAGAAGAGCAUCAACCAUUUCUGGGACAACUUCACGACCAAGCACCCAGGCAAAGUGUUUACUGUCUUGCCGGACAACAUCUAUGCGAAGCGCGCUGCCGCGAAUGCGCCUCGAGGUUCAAUACCUGGCCAGAAUGCGCUGGCUUCGUACCAGGAGGCUGCGGAUGCCUGUAUGAAGAAAGUCUCGAAGAUUGUCAAAGAAUGCCGACGACUGAACCAAAAGUAUCGCGAUCCGCACUUUGACAUCGAAGCCGACUUUAAGCGAUCACAACAAAACCCAGAAAUACCACCAGACUGUCUCGCUGCUUUGACUGAGGAUACAACUACUUUUCAGCCCAUGUCUGUCAAGAGAAUCGAGGACAUCUUCGAUCGACCACAGUUUUUCAUAGAAGGCGCGACCGCAAACGAUGUUAGACAAGGAAAUGAUGGCGAUUGUUGGUUCAUGUCGGCCUUGGCGACCAUAAGCAACAAAGAAGAGCUGAUCCAGAAGGUUUGCGUUGCGCGCGACGAACAGGUUGGGGUGUACGGAUUCGUGUUCCACAGAGACGGCGAGUGGAUAUCUGAAGUAAUCGACGACAAGCUUUACUUGAUCAAAGAGGAUUUUGACGAAGCUACGCUUGGCCGACACCAGUGGUUAGAGCUGCAGAACCGGAAGAGUCCUGAGGAUGAAUAUCGCACAGCGAUGCAGACCGGUUCUCGAGCCCUGUACUUCGCGCAAUGCAGCGACCCGAAUGAGACUUGGUUGCCGUUGCUCGAGAAAGCGUACGCGAAAGCACACGGGGAUUACUCCGCCAUCGAUGGAGGAUUCGUGGGCGAAGGCAUCGAAGAUCUUACCGGCGGUGUCACCUCGGAAGUGUUCGCCACGGACAUUCUUGACAAGGACAAAUUCUGGCGCGAAGAGUUGCUCAAUGUCAACAAGACAUUUCUCUUCGGAUGCGGUCAGAUGGGAGGCAUAUAUGGUCAAAGGAAAGGUAUCCAAGAAAAGCAUGCAUACUCCAUCAUGGAGGCCCGCGAGAUCGACGGACAGCGGCUUCUCAAACUUCGAAAUCCAUGGGGUCGCACUGAAUGGACCGGACGUUGGAGUGACGGCUCCGAAGAAUGGACGCCCGAAUGGAUGCAGAAGCUCAAUCACCGAUUUGGUGAUGACGGCGUCUUCUGGAUUUCCUACCAAGACCUUCUACGGCACUAUCAGCAUUUCGACCGAACCCGACUCUUCGGGCCAGAGUGGACGGUCUCGCAACAAUGGACGAGCGUCAACGUGCCCUGGUCGGUCGAUUAUCUAGACACCAAGUUCAAAGUGCAUCUUUCCAAGCCUAGCCCUGUCGUCAUCGUGCUAAGCCAGUUGGACGAUCGGUACUUCGAGGGCCUUCAGGGCCAGUAUGAGUUCAACUUGCAGUUCCGUCUUCACAAGGACGAUGAAGAGGACUACAUCGUGCGUAGCAACACUGCUUACUUCAUGAAACGCUCUGUUUCGAUGGAGUUGGAUCUUGAAGCGGGCAAUUACACUGUCCUCUUGAAGGUCAAAGCCACCAGGCUCGAUGAUCCAACGCCCGAAGAGAUUAUUCGCUUGAACUGCAACAAGAGACGCGAAAAGCUCCUUUCUAUCGGCCUGUCAUACGAUCUUGCACAUGCCAAGGGUCAUUUCCGGGAGCAAGAAAAGGAGAAGCUCGAAAGAGAGCGCGAGCAGAAGAUCGAACGGAAGAAAGCGCAGAUGAAACAGUCUUACGAGCAACGGCAGAAGCUACGUAGGAAGGCGAAACUGCGGCAGCAAAAGAAAGCUGCGAAGCAAUCACACAAAAAGCCAAAGAUCACCGAGCUGAGAGACGUUGAGAAGAGACUCGAAGGCCUUGCUGGGCUUGGUAUUAAUGUGGACGAUGAAGGCCGUCCUUCCGAUACUGAGCCUGAGAUCAAGCCAAUGCAUCCAAAUGUGACACGUCACACACGAGCUGCCAGCACUGGUGGAGUCGACAUGGCCCGUCAACGAUCAUCGAGCCCAAAUGGUGGAUAUGGUGGUCGAGGUGGUUAUAACCGUGGUCGCGACGGGUAUAAUGCGGCCCUACCGGGAGCGUUGCAAGGUCGCGGAGGCUACAACCGUGAUGCGGGUCAAGGAUCGAGCAUGGCGGAGGCCCUAGCGCAAGCCAACCAAACUGUUCCGACCCAGCGUUCAUCAAGCCCAAGUCGCGGCUAUGGUGGACGUGGCGGCUACAACCAGAACGCUGGUUUCGAGGGCAGAGGAGGUUAUAACCAGAACGCUGCCGGCUUCGAAGGUCGCGGUGGAUACAACGCAGACGCAUAUCAGGGGCGUGACGGCUACAACGGGCGCGAUGGAUACAAUGGGCGGGACGGUUACAAUGGCCGCGAUGGAUACAACGAAGGAGGUCAGACUGAAUCGCCAAUCCCGACGCCAAUGUCGGAAGAGUUCCAUCCUGGAACGCCAUCACAACGGCCCUACAGCCCUCGUCCUGAUCGUCGCCCUACUCAACCCUCUCCCGCCGCAUCGCGCCGGACGACACUAUCGCCCAUCCCUGGUAUUCGUCCUGGUAUCUACGUACCCCGUAGCCGAGGCGCAAGUGUUGCCUCCCAUCGCGCCCGCCAUGGUGUAUGCUCACCGUCCGAGAUGUCCGACUACUCAUCAUGGGACUCCGAGCUGGAUGGUCCUGACUCAUUCGACUCCGACUUUGACCCCUCGGACGAUGACGUGCCCCCUCGAUUCUACGAACAGCCUCGCUACCGGGGCCGAUACGUGUACGAGGAUGAGGAAGACGAGUUUGAGCGCGAUCCCUGGAAUGCUGUCUGCGUGCUCGGUCUGCGCGUCUUCUCUCAGGACACUGAUGUUACCAUUGAGGUCCAGAACGGCGAAGGCGAGCGCAAGAGGAGUGAUGGUGACGACCGCUCCUCGAUUAUCAGCGUGAGGAGGAAAGAGAAGGCUCUCGAUGUUGAUGACAGUGCGGCUGAUGCUACCAGCCCUCUAAGAACACGAGGGAACUUGGAUUCUGCACUCUCGCAGAAGGCGCAGUUUAUUGGGAGUGCCCCAGCUGGAAAGGAAAUGGAUCGCCAGGGGACAUUGUCGUGAAGGGUAUUCACCUUCGCGGUAUCCAAUUCUCGGUAUACUUUGCCAUUUCGUCUGAUGCUUUGAUGAUGGUUUUGAUAGGCGUUGAAGCGAGCGAGGUGUUACAUUGAUUUUGCGCGCGCUUUGGGCCAGACUGUCUUGGUGCGGUUGUCUGUAUGGAGUUUCGGUGGCUCAUGUCGAUACAUACG